AUGGCUGAAGCGUUUGAGUACGCUCUUCUAUGUUUGAUCCUGACGACUUGUCUUGACAACUCCGUGUCAUUACGAGAGCAAUGCUAUCAAGGAUAG